AAAGACUGAACAUGUAUCUCCGUAUUAUACUUAUUCUUUGUGCCGUUGUGUCCGGCGUUAGCCGUAUUUCAGAGCCAGAUCUGAACGCUGUUAACUUUGCCGACAACAUAGCAGGACGAAAGCUGAACAAAAGCCUGAUAAGUGAAAUGGAAGUUGAUUCGGAAACUUCUUGUCAGUUUGAGUGUGUGGAGGAAGAGCGAUGUCAGUCUUACAACUUUAGAACCAUAAAGGGCGACUCAGGGAAAUUCAAGUGUCAACUGAGCGACUCUGAUCGAUUUUUUGGAUUUGCCAACUUUACUGAAGACAAAGAUUUUAUUUAUAGAGGAUUAAUGAGCGCUUGCGAGGAGGACAGGUUUCAAUGUGGCAAAAAUGGAAUGUGCAUUCCCAAUUAUGUAGAUGGCAGCGCACGAUGCAAAUGUGACGAUGGUUAUACUGGAAAAUCUUGCAAGGGGAAGAGCUGCUCUCAAUUGUUUCAAGAUGGUUUUAAUGUCAGUGGCCUGUACACCAUCAAUCCGGAUGGCGGCAAACCGAUACAAGUGUUAUGUGAUAUGACCACGGAUAGUGGAGGUUGGACCGUAUUUCAAAGACGUUUGGACGGCUCUGUUGACUUUUAUCUUGGAUGGGAAUCCUACAAAAAUGGGUUUGGAAAUCUAAACGGCGAGUUCUGGCUUGGAAACGACAAUCUUCACCGUUUAACAGCAGUUGAUGACGUCAUGAUGAGAGUUGACCUGGAAGACUUUGACGGCAACAUCACCUACGCUGAGUACAAGACUUUUAAGGUGGCAGGCGAAGCUGAUAAGUAUCAGCUUUUGAUUGGCGGAUACAACGGCACGGCUGGUGACUCUAUGACAAAACGACACAACGAUAUGCAGUUUUCUACGAAAGAUCAAGACAAUGACAUAGGCAGUUCCCACUGCGCCCAACUGUACAAAGGAGCCUGGUGGUACGACCAAUGCCAUAGGUCCAAUUUAAACGGAUUAUAUCUCAAUGGUCGACAAACCACUUAUGCUAACGGAGUCAACUGGUACGCUUUCAGGGGCUAUUAUUACUCUCUAAGACGCACUGAGAUGAAAGUUAAAACCAAGGGAUAGGAUGGUUUCUAUCGCGGGAUAACAAAUGCAUGGUAUCACGCAUGACGUCAUCAAUGCAUUGGAUUAAUCCUGACUGACUAGUAGUUUUAGCAUGAACUGCCGUAAAAGCAGGCAUAUGCUCAUUCCUUGUCAAUACUAUCCGUAUUUAAUGUCAUUUUUUGAUGGAGACCCGGUAUGUUCUAGGUUCAUCUCAGGGGAUUGUCCAUAUUGCCAUUAUUAGAUUAACCUUUAGUUUGUUUAGGUUUGUAUAGUUGCAAGUGCUCAUUCUCUUUGUGGGAGCCUCACGUGGGUGCGAGUGUCCCGUUCGCGUCUCUCCUUUGUAUGCCUGUUAAAUAUUUAGUAAUAGACUCGUUUGGGCGGCAGGUAUGUCGCCUGAUAAUGUCCGCGGCUAAGAUAUUGUCCGAAAAAUUAAUAUGUGGUCGAGAAGCGAAGCUUCCGAGGCAAAUGUGAAAUUUUGAGGACAAUCUCUCUGUAGUGGAGGGAGAAACCCUUACUGCAUGAUCAUCUUGGCCAAGAACUGAAAAAAGAGUAAUUUACCUCUUUUAAAAGAUCUCAACCGCUAGCUAUAACAAAACAAUUUAGUCAAAACAAUUUAGUCCCAGUCCCACCUCUAGAACAAAACUUUUCGCGUUAUCAAAGGGAUACAGUUUCUAAUCACCUCAUCCUUCAUUUUCCUCCUGGAGAAGUUCACGCUGUGCCUUUUGUCUUAGGGGCUGGUGGCAUAAUUUUCUACAAGGUUGUCUAUUGAUAGUUCAGUAUUGGAGGCAUUUCAGUAUUCUUUACUAUUAUUAGCAGUGAAAGUUUUCACUCUCUUUGAUAAAAUGGGUCAUACCAUUCCAGGCUCCCCACCCCUGACAUCAAUCCCUUCUUCAGCUAUAGUCCCAUGAUUUCAAGCCCUACGCGAACAUGUUGUGUAAUGAUACUAAGGUGAAUAGGUUGAUAUAGUAACAGUAGACUAUGGUGGUGGGCUAGGCACGAAGUAGCAUCCUUUAUUGUCAAAAAUCUGGGCUGAGUUUAUUCUAUAGCAGGAUUAUCAUAAGUUAUGCUCCGCUAGAGGUAAAUUAUAUUGUAGUAAACCAUUUAAAUGUUCAUUUACCCCAUGACAUUGUAGAUUCAUUGCUUUUGCCAAGUACAGAUUGUUAAUGAAUAAUUGUUAAAACUACUGAGGAAUGGUUGCAAACACAAUAACAACUUUUGCAUGUAAUUGAACCCA